AUGAGGAAGGCCCUGGUCAAAGAGGGUCAGGCACCACACACUGCCAUCAUUGGCUGUGCGGAUUCCCGUGCUCCUUUGGAGACUGUGUUUGAUGCCAUGCCUGGUGACAUCUUCGUGCUGCGCAAUGCUGGCAACACCUGCACCCACGCCGAAGGCAGCGUACUUGGCAGCUUGGAGUUCUGCGUUGCCGCCCUGCAGUCCAAGAUGGUCUUGGUGCUCGGACACACAGCCUGCGGAGCCAUCAAGGGUGCCACAGCAACAUACCUGCAGGCCAAGAGCGGCAACAAGCCUCAGGUCACCAAAGCCUUGGAUGCCUUGCUGGUUGGCCUCAGCGACGUGGCAAAGAAGGCGUCUGAGGAGUUGGGUGAAGGCGCAACGGAGGCGCAGAUCGUGGACAGGACCAUCAAGCUGAACGUCUUCCACACCAUUGACUUCCUUUUGCAGUACAGCCCACUCGUCAGAGAAAAGGUUGCUGCAGGGGAGGUUGAGAUCCAGGGCGGCAUCUACGACCUGGAGACCGGUCAUGUGGAGUUCUUGGGUCAGAGCCCAGCUCAGGCCACCUUGGUGAAAUCUGCUUCCACUUUGCCCCCAUCGUUGGCAUGAGCCACCUGCGCAUUGUUCGCAACUGGAGGGAUACCCUGGCAUGGAGUGCAGGGUUAGGUAGGUUCCAGGGUCGAUGUGUAUGUCGAAUUAUGUCGACACCUGGUCCACUACACCCGGAUGGAACCUGUGCCUAAGAGAGGCUUGGUGUGUCCAUAAUUUUUCCCGGCCAAAUUGAGCCUGGCCUUUUAAGUAACCAUUUGGGCUGAACCGAAGUUUGCAGCCUUCUGGAGUCCUCCUUGGGGUUGCCAGAAACUUUCAUUGCACGACGUCCUUUGCGUCGGUCAAAUGGUGCUUCGUUUCCUGUGCGUUAUGUUUCGCAGUGGCACGACUUCUCCAAACCGUGGCAUUCGUUUGAAGAAAUUCGUUGCACUAUCUAUGCUCGGGUCACUUAUGCAGUAUGCAGCAGGGUUUCAACCGAUUUCAUCAAGAACCCUUGAUGAUCUGAAAACCAGUGACAAAUAUGUCAUCUGUUCAACAUCAUUGAGAUACCAUGAUCUGGAAGGACAAAUCUCGAGCACCUACCUACAAAGGAGGAGGAGAUGAGAAUGGGCGCAUGCAGAUCGGGCGAAAGAGAGGUGGUGGUGGCUGAGGUUAAGUUCCUGCUGCCUUGGAAGGCAGCUGACUUGGAGGUGGAGACAGCAUCCGCGGAUGAUGGCAGCUUCUUGGAGGCCGCCGGACAGCGGACAAGUGGGUGCCAAGCGCUGGCUUGCCGGAGCUUUCAAGCUGAUGCAAUGAGAACUUAUGGCAGCCAGGCAGUUGAGUUGUGUGCUGUUUGGAUUCAAAUGCCCACUGAUUACUGAUCC